AUGACCUACGCAAUUGCCGGUUCUGGAAUCGUGGGCCUGUACACUGCACUAAAUCUUCUCGAGGCUGGUGUCAAGGGUUCGGAGAUCGUCGUUGUGGCUAAGCAUCUUCCUGGAGACCAGUCCAUUGAGUACACUUCUCCAUGGGCAGGAGGUAACUUUAGCUGCAUUUCUCCGGACGACGCUGAGACGCUGCAUUUCGACAAGACCACUUAUACUCAUUUGGCGGCUAUUAGAAGCUUAUUGGGCCCUGGCUGUGGUCUUGACAAACGUCCAAGUACAGAAUAUUGGGAGUACCAGCCGGACUCUCGCAAGAUCGACUCGUUAAAAACGUAUCUUGAAGAUUUCCGUGUUGUUCCGCAGACAGAUCUGCCUGAAGGAGUAGUCUUUGGUAUCAAAUACACAAGUUGGAACUUUAAUUGUCCGUUUUUCCUCGAGAACCUGAAAAACUACCUGGAAGCUACCGGAGUGGUUUUCAUUCGGCAAACCAUCAAACAGAUCGACGAUCUGUUCCAAUUGGCGUCGAUAGUGUUCAAUUGCACGGGGAUCGGCGCUAAGACGCUCGGCGGGGCCCAGGACGACAACGUCUACCCUGCCCGGGGUCAGGUGGUGGUGAUCAGAGCACCUCAUAUUAACGAGAACAGGAUGCGAUGGGGGCAUAAAAACGUGACAUAUAUUAUUCCGCGGCCAGACUCUGGUUCCCAGGUCGUUCUGGGAGGCUAUUUGCAGAAGCACAACUGGUGUGCAGACACCUGGAAGUCUGAAACCGACGAUAUACUAAAAAGAACAGGGGAUUUGUUCCCCGAGACCGCAGAGGACCGGGAAAUUGUGCGCGUGGCGUGCGGGCUGAGACCGAGCCGGGAGGGCGGCGUGCGUGUGGAGAAAGAGACGCGUGGGGCCGGCACGCUGGUGCAUGUCUCGGGGCUGUCUGGUUACGGCUACCAGGCCGGAUACGGCGCGGCUCGUCGCGGAGUUGGCCUUGUGCAACCACACAAGCUAUGA